AGCCGAGGGAACUCAAACUCAGAUAGGUCGAAGAAGGCCUUGAUUUAGAGUGGAGAGGGUUCAAACCGCAUCUUGACGCUUCUUCAGCCCUCGGCCAUGUUCUUUGCUGUGGAUGUUGCCCCCUGGGAACCAGGUGACUGGCCAAAGGCCUAUGCCACAUCUCCCUACAUGAGCACCAACAGUUGGGUGUUCUUCAGGUUCCUCGUGCUACUCUUCUUCGUGGGGCACUUCGUUGCACAUUUGGUUACUUACUGGCCGGGUGAACAGUUCACGUACUUUAUCUACCUCUCCCGAUGGACAAUUGCAUGCGAAGUUGUGCAGGAAUGCAUCUACUUCUUGCUUGCCUUUUGGGGCUCUGUCCUCGUGGAGAAUGGUCUGAAGACUCCAACCCUUCCUGUCCUGGUGAAAAUCCACAUGGCCUUGAAGUGCAUGGUCCUGCCCACAUGCUUGCUCUCGUCAGGACUCUAUUGGGCGUUUUCGCCCUUUUUGCCACCACCCUACAUCAGUGCCGCCAUGCAUGGAGGUGAUGUGAUUGUGAUUCAUCUCAGUUUCUUCCUUGGGCGUUUUCCUUAUGCCUUCAACAAGUGUGGCUAUAUCCUUUUGUGGGCUGGAAGCUAUAGUAUUUUCACCGUGCUCCAUUUCCUUCUCAAAAUUGGCACUGAUGAUUCGGCACCUUGCGCAGAGUACCCCCUGAAUGAGUGCCCUGUCUAUGCUGACAUCGAUUGGCAUCAUCCCAAACACACAGCACUGCUGGCCUUUGGAGGGGCACUAGUUGCUACUCCCUUGCUGGGUGGGCUGUACACUGGUUUGACCAUGCUACGUGACCGGUGCGACAAUAGUGCCAAAGUGAUGCGCGAAGCCACAUUGCUCCCACAAGAAGAAAAUGUGAAGCUGCAGUCAGGCCCGCACCCGUCAGAUCAACUCAAGUGCGGCUUGAACUGCGGGGUCUGAAAGCAUGAAGCUCCAUUUUCUUAUCGUCUCACUGACUCCUCUGCGCAUAGAGAGCAAUUUACUUGAGACCUUGCUCUGGCAGUUGUGGGCGGAAGAAUUACACCUGCAGAAGCCACAACUGCGGGAGGGUUGUGUAGACUCGAUUUUGCCUGCGACGCUACAGAGAAAAACUUUGCUUUGAAGGAUUAGUUUGAAACGGGCUUGAAA